AUGCGCCCGCCCAAGCCUCUCAUCCUCUUCAUCGACGCGUACGACAGCUUCUCCAACAACAUCAUCUCGUUACUCUCCACGACCCUCGAAGCCGACAUCCGCACAAUCCACAUCGACAACCCCGCGCUAUCCUCGGACGAGGCCCUGCAUGCAGAACUGAGACAUUAUGCUGCUGUAGUAUGCGGUCCUGGGCCAGGAAAUCCCGGGAAAGAGGAGGAUGUGGGGAUCAUGAGGAGGAUUUGGAGGUUGCAGGAGAAUGAAAUGGUCCCGGUUCUUGGAAUCUGCCUGGGCUUUCAAAGCCUGUGUUGGGAGUUUGGGGGGAGUGUUGGGAGGUUGAAGGGGCCGCAGCAUGGGAUUGUCAGUAGAAUUACGCAUAUUGGAGCACACAGCAAGGCCAGCCAAGGUGCUAUAUUCGAGGGCGUGGGGGAGAUACAUGCAACGCUAUACCAGAGCUUGUGUGCUGAUGUUGGGCAAGACUUGAUUGGAAAAGAUGAGUGGGAAACUGCGAAAUGGAAGGCCACAGAACGAUGUCCGGAGCUGUUGCCGCUCGCUUGGGUGGAACACGAUUUGGCCCAGGGGAACGACUCGGGUAUCAUGGACGAGAGGGUUCUGGUUGGAGUGCAGCAUAAAACGAAACCAUUUUGGGCGUUACAGUACCACCCCGAGUCCAUAUGCACGAAUGAAGAAAGCACGAAAGUUAUCACAAACUGGUUCGGAUUGGCCCAGGCAUGGAAUAUACAGAAAGGGCGUAUACAAGUCACCUCGGAGGGCCCGAUCGAAGGACAAUUUGUCACUCGCGAGAGCCUAUUGAGCCAAAACCAAAGGAAAUUAGAGCAAGACACCUCUUUUACAGCCGGCAGUACGAAAUUGUAUAGGGCCAUCUGCCAUUCUCGCACUAUAGAUAUUCCCGCUCGUAUAUCGAUACCGGAAAUAGUUGAGACUAUUCAGGAUUUGCGACAGGAUCAAAUCAUCUUGGAAUCUUCGAAUGCAAAUGAGAAUUAUACUGGAGGUGUCGAUGUUCGAGGGCGAUAUUCAGUCAUUGGCUUAGACAUCGAGCAAUGCACGAGGGUGGAAUAUACUGCUGGGAAGCAAAACAUCAGUAUCAGUUAUCCCCGAGAACGCGGUCAAAGGCCAGAGACUGUUCACUUGAACGCAGACUCUCAAGGAGGAAUCUGGCCGUACUUGGCUCACUACCUGGAUGAGCGCCAAGUUAAGGAUGGCAGCCCUGAGUCACCCUUCUGGGGCGGCUUCAUGGGGUACACAACCUACGAACUCGGACUCGAAGGGAUUGAUGUUUCACCCAACCCCAACGGCCGGCAACACAGUCGUCCAGAUCUCUGCUUUGCUUGGGUCGAAAAGAGUCUCGUCGUAGACCACCUGAAGAAUCGGAUCUACCUCCAACAAUUAGCGCCAUCAAAUGCUUCAGGCAGAGUUGGCUCAUGGAUGGACAGCAUUAUCGCUAAACUAGAAGCCAAGCUUUUACCCGAGGAGAGUUAUGAUCCAUAUACCAUCACAUUCUCGAAUUUACCGGGUGACGGAUGCAAGAAUGGCAUUCUCGACAGAAUGGCCCAGUUGGGCGUGGCCCUACCCCUCACACUGCACGUGUAUCCUUCAGAUGGCCCCUAUUCCGGCUUCGCAACAGCACAAUAUGAACAACCCAACAACCCAGAGAAGAUCGCCCAACUUCUCAACAACAGCGAUAUAGCUGGGCGAAACAUCCGUGUCAAGGUCACAAGCCAGAUACUUGACCCUGUCUCUAAACAUUCCCCUCCACCGGCCAAACUGUCCUCUCGUUUGUCUCAUCCAGCCCAAGCCCCAGCCAUCGACAUCAAAUCCUCCGUCCUUUCGAUCCAGACCCCCUUACACUCGAUAUAUGAAUCCAAAGUCCUCUCCUGUCAAAGCUCGAUCCGCGCCGGCGACUCUUAUGAACUCUGUCUCACGGACCAAACGGUCAUCACUCUGUCCAGAUCCACUUCCCCAUCCACACCCACCCCUUGGUCCAUCUACCAAACCCUCCGCACUAAGCAACCUGCACCCUUCGCCUCAUAUCUCAAGCUCGGCCCAUUAACAUUCAUCUCUGCCUCCCCGGAGCGCUUCCUCACCUACACGCCAACUACCUGCGAGCUCCGGCCCAUGAAAGGCACGGUCCGCAAGUCCUCGCAAGUGUCAACACUAGAGCAAGCGAAGAAACUCCUCGACGUGCCGAAGGAGAAAGCAGAGAAUCUCAUGAUAGUGGAUCUCGUAAGACAUGAUCUCCAUGGGGUCUGCGGGGCGGGCAGGGUGCAAGUGCCGCGAUUGAUGGUGGUGGAGGAGUAUAAGAGCGUAUUCCAGAUGAUUUCCAUCGUGCGUGGAUCUCUUCCCCAACCUCCACCUCCCACCUCUACUCCUCCGUCCUCAUCUUCAUCUUCAUAUUCCGCUUCGCCCACGACUUCCGCCUCGUCUUCUACAGACUUGAUAGCGUCCUCGACAUUGGCUUCCGACGGCGUGCACGGGAACGAGAGAUUGAAAGCGACACGUGACAGGUACACAGGUCUCGACGUCCUCUCUGCCAGCCUCCCACCGGGCAGCAUGACGGGCGCGCCCAAGAAGCGCAGCUGCGAGAUCCUGCAGCUGGUCGAGGGCGGCCGGGAGCGGAGUCUGUAUAGCGGGGUGGUGGGGUACGCGGAUGUUGGAGGCAGGGGCGACUGGAGCGUUUCUAUCCGGUGUCUGUUCAAGUGGGAUGAUGAUGAGGAUACUCACGCUGGAGAUGCAGGCGAUGGAGAGGACGCGAGAGGAGAUGCUGGUCCGGAGACUUGGCACAUUGGUGCCGGUGGUGCCGUCACGACGCUGAGCACGGCUGUUGGGGAGAGGGAGGAGAUGUUGACGAAGUUGGAGGGUACGCUGGGGCUUUUUCGGUAG